AUGUAUAACCGUGUUAUUUCUAAUUUGCAACAGCUGUGUAUACUGAAGAUCGAACGAUCGCCGGACAGUAAAUCUUUCUUCGAACCGACCACGGCCAGCACCGGCAGCAGUCAGCAACGCGGCUCCAGGGACCGCGAACACCCCUUUGAACGUCAUCACACCGGCUUUCCAAGGGGUUUCCCGUUCGACGACGACGGAUUCGACGGUGGCAGCAGACGUGCCGGCGGCAACAUCAGAUCCCAUUUGGACGACCUAGCUGCUCGCCAUCCAGAGUUUGCCGAUCACCUUCUGGGCCCGCCUUGGGCAGACGUUCCGUUCCCCCUUGGCACCCCGAGGAACAGAAGGCGGGGUUCGGGAUUGGGCUCUUCGUCCUCGUACCAGAGUCAUCCGGACGAAGACGCGAGGAGUCAGGCGAGCGGAAGCAGCGCCGCAAGCGCGGCGAGCGGAGCAAGCGGCGUCAGUUCUCACGGCGAGGCGGAUACUGGAAUUUACCAGGAACAGCAACAGCAGGAGGAACGUGAGAGGAACGACAAGCGUAGUAAUAAGGGCAACAAUCAACACUAUCAACCCAUUCCUCAGUACGGACUGAGAAACACCGUCGACAUUGGACAGCAUCGUCACGACAUGGAGAACAGCGAGAACGAGAAGACUAACCGAGGUCAACGAUCCGCUUCGGCACCGCCGGAGAAUCGACAGACUGCACAGAAUUUCAAUGAGCAGAAUCAUCAGCAGCAAGCUUCGCAACAACAGAGCGGACAGAAUCAGGGAUCGAAUCCUAAUCAACGGUUCGUUUCCAGGGUCGAUAUUACUCCUCAGCAACAGCAAUCCGACGUCGCUAAGCCGCCGAUGUCGCCUAAGCUUCAACAGCAGCAGCAACACCAACCUCAUAGUCAGUCCAAUCAUCAGACAUCGUCGGGACAGCAGCAGCAAACCCAUCAACAGAAGAGCAACGUCAGGCAUAUUCCGAUAUUCGUUGAGGGUAGGGACGAGCCGGUGAUUCCAAAGAACGUCGUCGACGAGACGUCGUCCGGUCAGUUCGCCGGUCAUCAGCAACAGAAACGGCCGCAAUCACCGCCGCAGUUUCAGAGACCGUCGCACUUCAAUCAACACUUUACAGGCGGUGGCAACAGGCAUCAUCAGCAAUGGCAGCAACCGCAGCAGCAACAGUUUUAUCAUCAACAACCGGCCGCGACUGCCGCGAGUCAGCACGAGCAGCAGAUACCUAAGGCUAAUCACUACCAGCAACAACAGCAACAGUAUCGUCAACAGCAGGCCGAAAAGCAACGGGCUGCUCAACAGCAACAGCAACAGCAACAGCGGGAAGAUGAACCAGCGGCUGAACCGCCGAAGCUGAAACAGAUUCAACCCAAGGAGCCGUUGGAGAGGGUCGCCAUUGUACAGAAUGACGUCGACUUGCUCAUGGAGGAGGUUAAGCAGUAUCAGGGUGACUCGAGGCAGAGCAAGGAGUACAUGUACCUCGAUGAAAUGUUGACCAGGGAGCUUAUCAAACUCGACGACAUCGAGACCGAGGGUAAACCCGAGGUCAGGCAGGCAAGGAAAAACGCCAUAAAGAGUAUACAGGAUUGUAUCGCGAUGCUCGAAUCGAAGGUACCGCUUCCUGGCCAGGAAGUUAUCAAGAAUGCCGAUUCGACCACCGCAAUCACCGAUCAGGGUAAGUCUGCAUUACCGAUGGAGACUGACGCUGAGACUGUUAAGAGCGAUCUUAGCAACAAUCCUAACGGUGCCGGGGACGAAAACGCCGCGAUACCUUUACCGCCACCAGAAAAUUCCGUUCUUCCGCAACAGCCGAAGGAUCAAGUUACUCACUCUCAGGGCGUCGACGCGGGUACCGCGGUUAAGGAUCAGGAUCGGCCGGAGGAACGUCGGAACGUUGACGAAGCGAUGAACGAGGAUGCGGCCAAUGAUGAUCCCGCUGCUGCCACGGAGGCGUUGAUACAGACUGAAAAAUCCGGAUCCGUUACGGCGAUGGAAACUCAACAGGAUGGUGGUGCGGAUAGUGCAAAGAAAACUGCUGACGAAGCGAUGGAGUCGAAUCAAGCUGCUAGCGGUGAUCCGGGGCAACAUCAACACCAGCAGCAACAGAUGGACGUCGACGCCGCUGCUGCUCCUGCUAUCAAAACUACAUCCAAGUCACCCAGGAAGACGAGAAAAGCGAAACAGCCGAAACCCGUUUCCGAUGUACCGAUUCCUCUACCCCCACCUGAAGUCAGUCAUACUUAGAAGGGUGCUGAGCGAUGUUGGAAAGACGUGACAACGGGAUGAGGACGUGGAACUGAUGUACGAUGAAAUGAGAGUUAAAUUUAUAUUGUUGAUUGAUUGAUUGAUUGAUUGAUGAUCCACUGUAAUGUGGAUAUAUUGGAAAUUUGUGCACAAGUAUUUGUAUUAAUUUGUGUAUGUGUAAGGGCGCGUUAUUGGGUGCUGAUUCUAGUUUGAAUUUCGAACGUUACAUCCGAACGGGAGAUUGAAAUUCACGCAAACGCUUUACAGUGAAAUAACAACUGCUGCGAUUUUUUUAAAUCUCUUGUUCUGUGUUUUUUUUUCCCCCGGUCUAGUGCAAUUUUUUGAAAUGGAUGUACUGAAACUUUUUCCCAAAUUUCUAUGAAUAUUGGUAAUACUAUUAUCGUUGAUGUGGUAAACUUAUGCAUACACAAAUGGAUGCAUUCACUAUUAGGUGUAAUACACUAUACAUACAUAACUGUAAGGCGAGUUUGUUCCUUAUUCUUAUUUAUUUAGAAGAAAAAAAAAUUUCUGUUUUUGUUGUGUCUUCUUUUUUUUUUGUAUAAAUAAAUAAAUCCAUGUAUGUAUGUAUAAAUAUGCAUAUAGAUUUUAUUUCACGGUUCAGCGCGUAUUUUACGAGUGACGACGAUAAUUACGAUGAUUAACGUUAUUACGGGCCAAUACUGGUAAUAAUAUACAUAUGCGUGCAACUUAUGUAUGUGACAAAAACCAACCGACAACCGUCUCAGUAGCUUGAUAAUAGGAUACAAUACGGUUACGCAAAGGGUCGUAUCUUAUGAGUAUUAAUUUAUAAAUACAGAUAUUAUAUUUUACGAAAGAAAGAAACCAGAGAAAAACGGAAGUAUAUGUACGAUUAUUUAUAAUUUAUAAUUUAUUGUAUAUCUACCCGGUACCGGUAGGUCUGAUAUGCCGUUACUGUUCUUACUAAUUUUUUUUUUUUUUUGAACGCGCACGCGUGGAUUUACAAAAAUGCAGCAGGGUACGAGAAUGAAAUGAAAUUUUAAAAAAGCAUGAUGUAUUUUUAUUUAUGGAUAAUAUUUUUCAUGUAUACAAACACAUGAUAAAGAUGAAAAUUUUACGGAAUCAUUAACAUUUCGUCGGGCAAAUAAUAUUAUAUACCUAUGUAUGUAGUAUACGUAUAAAGAAAUAUCGAGACACGAUACAACAAUAUAUUACAUCACUAAUAUUGUAUUGCAAUAAUUAAAAAUGGCUUGCAAUAUUUGCGAAAUAUUAUAGAAUUGAAACGAGCUUUCCUGCCCAAUGUUGGUAUUAAAUAUACAAAUGUAUCGGUGUACAUUGAUAUUUGCAUAACGCCUGAAUAGUCUAGAACAAUAACGAUAUUAAUAAUAGUAAUUGAAUAGAAUUUAAAGAUAUAUAACUAAUGAAAUCAAAUCGGCCUUAUCAUACCUGAUAUUUUUUCAUAUCACAUAAUACUAGCAACUACACGCAAUCAUACAGAGCAUAAAUAUAAUAACGUACAUAUAUAAUAACUGUAAUUUUAUGAAUCUAUUUUGAUGAGAAUAAUUAAUCGUUGUAUAAAAUAUAAUAAUUUAAGCGAUAUAAAAAUAAUGCAGAUGUACUAUAUUGCUAUGCGCAUUACGUAUAUUUAUAAUUGUCGGUAUUACUUCAUUUCGUCACAUUGACGCGAAGCAAUAGAAAUAUACGCGCAGGAUAUUACGGUGUUGCACAGUGUUUAAUUUAAUUGAGAAAGAGCAGAACGAGAUUUAGUAAGAAAAAAAAAACAACAAAAAAAAAUUCCAAACCGAGGAACUCGAAACGUAGUCAUUUUUUUGCCAAUUGUUAUCCUACGUGACGAACGUGUCUUUUUUCAGAGAGAUGAUUUGAUUUUUUAUUUUUUUCUUAUGUUUUAGGUUUUUUUAAAUUCUGUAAUUUUUUAUUUUUUUUUAUAAAUGUAAUUAUUGCAGCAAAGACGAUGGUGUAUAUUACAUUGUAUAUUGUAAUACAAUGCAACACGUUAUGGAUAUUACCUGCAUGUUUCUGCACGCGUUCAAACGUUGACGGAAAUUUUUUUUUUGUCGUUUUUUUUGGGUUUUUUUUUUUUUUUUUUUUUAUUGACUCUUAAUAUAGCGUCUUGUAUAAAUGCCAAAUCGAAAGUGUAAUUAUUUAAUCAAAUAAAUAAAAAGUAAGAACUAAUAUAUUAGUGAUAAUAUAUAGAUACGUUAUUAAUUCUGAUCCGUUUGAAAUAUGACAUUAUGUACUAGAAACAAUUCAUUUAUGAAGAAGUUUAUUUUUCUUGCUUUUUUUUUUUUUGUGUGUGCAAAACAAAAUUUCAUUAUCAUGAUUGGAGAGUAAAAAAAAAUGUAAUACGGUUAAGAAAAAAGAAUAGCAAUAAUUGAAAUCUUUUUGCCCGUGUUAAAGAUUUUUCUGUUUUCUUUUUUUUUUUUUUCUCUUAAUAGGCUGAACGUUUAUUCUACUUGUCUUCUACUUGGCCCGUUACUCGGUAUCAUAACUUUGCUACGUUUAACUUUAGAUAUUUUCGCAAUAAAAUUUGCCAACCUUUCUGCAAAAUAGAUGUAUAUGUAUCAUAAUAGAGUAAUCAUCUUGCGUAUACAAAUUGUUAUGCACGCGUUGGAAGAUGAAUGAACAAGGAAACUGUGAAACUCUUGCAAUUAGAGUAUAUUUUUUCAACUUACGAAAAAACCAACACAAUAUGUAUAAUGUUGGGUAAAAUCUGUCGGAAAAAUGAGCACGAGCUUCUUUGCACGUACACAACUGGACAACUUUUUUCGUACACGACGAAAGUUUAUAUUUGUAUCGGUCAGCACCGCUCACGCACGAGUCGUAUUAAUCGAUUAAAAUAGACCUCUGUGUGAGUAUGCUAACAAAUGUCGGCUAUGCGUGAUAACCGUAAUGUUACGUAAAGUAAAAUAAAAUGUACGUUUCAACGCGA